CUCAAAUUGGCUGCUUUCAUAUUUUCCACUAGUGGGGUCUUUAACCACUUCGCGUUUUGUAAAUUUCCUUUGCUUUUCUCAAAAGUGCGACCGACUCUUGCUUUUGUUCUUGUUGAUUUGUAUGUUUACUCAUCUCUCAUUCCAUUUGCAAAGGAGGAAUAGGAACUUGGAGUAAACGGAGCAACAUAGAUCACAGGAAGCUUGCAAAGGCGAUCACAUCUGAAGCUUGUUUUGAUAGGAAACCAUGGCUCUGGAAGUUGUGGGUGGAGCUUUUCUCUCUUCUUCUCUUGCUGUUCUGUUUGAUAGGAUGGCUUCCCGUCCGGUUGUUGACUUCAUCCGAGGAAAGAAGACCACCGCUGGGCUGCUCCACAAGUUGAAGAUUAAGUUGUUGUCGGUUAAUAAGUUGCUUGAUGAUGCAGAGGAGAAGCAACUCAGAAACUCUAGAGUCAGGGAUUGGCUUAGUGAGCUUAAAGAUGUUCUCUAUCAUGCCGAUGACCUGUUGGAUGAAAUCAAGACUGAAGCUCUGCGUUGUAAGAUGGAACAAGAAGAUUCUGGAAGCAGCAGCACAUAUCAGGUACUCAAGUUUAGUUCUACUUCCAUUCAUGAACUUGACGAAAGUCUGGAACCCAGGAUUCUGGACAUUCUUGACAGAUUAGAACUUAUUGUCAACGAAAAAGAUGUGCUUGAUUUGAAAGAGGGUGUUAAAGAUAGACCACAAGGAAGACUGCCCACAACUUCUUUGGUAGAAGAGUCCAGUGUAUAUGGAAGGAAUGAAGAAAAGGAGGCCAUUAUCGAGUUGUUGUUAGCGGAUAGUGUGACUGGAAAUAAGACGGAUGUGCUUCCAAUUGUGGGCAUGGGUGGGCUUGGAAAGACCACUCUUGCUCAACUCGUAUACAACGAUGACAGAGUCAAGCAACAUUUUGUCCUUCAAUCAUGGUCUUGUGUUUCACAAGAAUUUGAUGUUAUCAAAAUAACACAGACAAUUUACGGGCCGGUCACUUCACAAACUUGUAACAUCACAGAUCUGGACAUGCUUCAAGUCGAACUAAAGAAGACGUUGACAGGGAAGAAAUUUCUGUUUGUUCUUGAUGAUGUUUGGACUGUGAAUUUAAUGAAGUGGGAUCUCUUAAGCCGACCCUUUGAGAGUGGAGGUCAUGGAAGUAAGAUCGUUGUCACAACACGUGAUGAAGGUGUCGCAUGCAGGAUGGGUACCCUUCAAAGUAGACCUCUAAUGCAAUUAUCUGAGGAAAAUUGCUGGUCGUUGUUCUCAAAGUAUGCCUUCAAGAAUGCAGGUGUUACUACAGAUCCGUCGCUUGAAGUGAUUGGAAAACAGAUUGCUCAAAAGUGUAAAGGACUCCCUUUAGCUGCAAAAUCACUUGGGGGUCUUUUACGUUCUGAACCAAAUAUUGAGAAAUGGAAAGAAAUAUUGAACAAUGACAUAUGGGAGUUGCGAGAUGAAGCGAAUGACAUUUUACCUGCUCUAUGGUUGAGCUACCAUUAUCUACCUGCACAUCUGAAGCGUUGUUUUGCUUACUGUUCCAUAUUUCCUCAAGAUCAUUGGUUUCGGAAAUCGGAUCUGGUUUUGUUGUGGAUGGCUGAAGAUCUCCUACCACUGAAAUCGAAGACUACGGUUGAAGAAGUCGGAGAUAAGUACUUUGAUGAUCUAGUGUCAAGGUCAUUUUUUCAACAUCAACCAAAGGAGCAUUUUGUUGAGCCAAUUUUCACGAUGCAUGACUGUAUCCAUGACUUAGCAAACUUUGUCUCCGGAGAGUUUUGUUUUAGGUUGGAGAACAAUGAUGAGGUAUUGGAAAAUGUCAGCAAGACUCGCCACUUUUCGUGUAUGGAUGCAUCUGCCGCAAUUGAUCAAUGGGACAGUUUGUGUGAAGCCAAGUAUUUGCGAACCUUUCUAGUGGACAGUUUGUGUGAAGCCAAGUAUUUGCGAACCUUUCUAGUAUCAAUAUAUCCCAACUUAGAUUUUGAUAUAUUCCUGAAGCUUCAGUGUUUAAGAGUGCUCAGAUUAUACGGGUACAAUAUUGGUGAGCUGCCUAGUUCAAUUGGCAAGUUGAAGCAUCUAAGGCACUUGAGCUUGUCUGGCACAUCAAUUAAAAAGUUACCUGAUGAAAUGUGUACUUUAUAUAAUUUACAGACGUUGUUGUUGCGCGCUUGUAAAUCUCUAGUUGAGUUGCCAACUGAUUUGGGAAGAUUAAUCAACUUGCGUCAUCUUGAUAUUGAACUCACAGGGAUAGAAAAGAUGCCACCAAGGAUGGGCAAAAUGAAAGCUCUUCAAACAAUAAGAGGCAAGUUUGUCCUAGACAAAUACACUGGUGGUAACAUUGUCGAGAUUAAAGAGCUUCAGCAGUUGCGCGGAACACUAUGCAUCUCGGGGCUUCGCAAUAUUGUGCAUGUCACAGAUGCCAUUAUGAGAAAGAAGAAGCAUCUGGAUGAGUUAGUUUUGGAAUGGGGAGACAAUUCUGGUGACACCGACGAUACACAAAAAGAUAGAGAUGUGCUGGAGAGCCUCCAACCUCAUACAAACCUAAAAUAUCUCAAGAUUCGAUCUUAUGGGGGCACGAGAUUUCCAGGUUGGUUGGAAGAUCAUUCUAGUUUAUCUAAUCUGGUUCUUCUUCAACUUCUGGAAUGUGGAAAUUGUUGGUCGUUGCCAUCACUUGAGCAGCUACCUUCCCUACAAGAGCUUGAGAUUGAAGGAUUUAAUGGAGUGGUGACUGGGGGUUCUAAGCCUUUUCCUAAUCUUCGUAAGCUGAGUCUGAAAUCUUGUCCCGAGGUAACCGGGGCAUUCAUGUUAGCCUGCUUCCCAAAGCUUGAAAUCCUCUAUUUGGUGGAUGUGAAUGUAGAAUCUCUUCAUUCCACUACACCCCUCUCCCUUGUCCGACUCACAAUAUUUUCAUGCCCAAAUUUUGUUUGUUUUCAAGAUGUGAAUGUAGAAUCUCUUCAUUCCACUACACUCCUCUCCCUUGUCGCAAUAUGUCCGAAACUGAGGUCAUUUUUUCCGCUACACAUGCACAACCUUCUCCCAUCUCUCAAGUGGUUGUCGCUAUGUUGUUGUCCAGAACUGGAAUCAUUUCCCGAAGGGGGAUUGCCGUCUAAGUUGGAAUACUUGUACGUCUGGUGCUGCAAGAAACUCAUUGGAAACCGUAUGCAGUGGGGUCUACCAACACUCACCUCUCUUGAAUUAUUGAGCGUUGAUUUGAGGGGAUGUGAACAAGUUGUAGAUUCUUUUCCAGACGAGGGGCUACUGCCCCCCACUCUCUCACAACUCCAUAUCCACGGUAUUUCGAAGCUGGACGGCAAGGGGUUUACACAACUCACCUCUCUUAAAAAGUUGGGAAUUUACAAUUGCCCUGAACUCCAGAGCUAUGAUUCCACUGCUGAGUCUCUGGAUAGAAAUUUCCUGUCGAUGUUGGACAAGAGUGGUGAAAAGCUGUCAAGUUUUAUCAUGUGGGCAAUUUCCAGUGCUGUAGAAGCAGACUCUGCAACUAUGCUUCAUUCCAAUGAAUCUCAUCAAUGUUUCACUACUAUUCCAGAGGAAAAAGAGGUGUAUAAGAAUUUUUUUGAUUUCAAAACUAUUGCGUUGGCCAACUGCAACUGUAAUUCUUGGGAAGCUUGA